CAUGCUCACCAGCCUUUCUCUCAGGCCUGGUCGUGGUCCGUGAGGUCCGCGGAGUGGGCGCUGAUGGUGGGGCUAUCCCUUCCCACUGUCCGCGAGGUGCGCGGUGGCAACGCGCGGGGACACAGCGCGGGUGUGGGCCCCCUGCCCACAGCUGGCGCACAGCCAUUGAGUGUAGAUCCGACUGGGGCACGACCCCUGAACCCUGCAGACUUGGCGUCCUUCGGAGCCCGCGAGGGGCCUUGCUGGGCGGGUCCGCGGCACCCCGGGUUCCCAGAGUCGAGGCGCCGAAUGCGCCUUCCUUCGCCUGGAAUCGGAGAGUGGAGGGCUCCUGCGGGCAGGUGGCCGUGCUCCGAAGAGCGCUCUGCCACCCAUGAGGUGGCCCUGGGGGCGUCGCCAGCCCUCGCAGCUGGGUCUCCUCAUCCGGAGACACAAACACCUGCCUCAGGAUUAAAGCGAGGAGCUGUAUUUCAGACCGUCUCAGGAGAAAUAGCAGGAGGCUGCCUCACUCCUAUGCCUUUGUUCAAGUUUGAGGCAUUAAGAAGGAUAAGACAUCAAUUUGAAAAGAGCCCCUGUCAGAGCAACAUGACUUGAAAGCAAGAAGAAGAAAAGAAAAAAAAAUGAAGCAAGAACAAACAUCAAAUUUUUGCUGAAGUUUGGCUGCAAGAAUGGUGAAAUCAUUGAUACUUUACAAGACACUUAUCAGGACAGUGCCCCAAAGGAAUCAGCAGUUUACAAAUGGAUAUAACCUGUUUUCAGAAGAGACAAGAUUAAUUUGAAGAUGAAGCAGUGGCAGACCAUCCAUGUCAAUUUAUGAGGAAAAAAUUCAUUUUGUUCAUGCCCUAACUGAAGAGGACUGACAACAGCACAAACAAUAGCCAACAUCAUAGACAUCUCAACUGGUUCAGCUUACUCAAUUCUGAGUGAAAGUUAAAGUUGAGCAAACUUUCCACUCAAUGACUGUCAAAACCAUCAUGCCCAGAUCAGCUGCAGACAAGAGCAUAGGUUUCAAUGGAAAUUUUAAACAAGUGGGAUUAAGAUCCUGAGGCAUUUCUUGAAAGAAUUGUUACAGAGAUAAACCAUGGCUUCACCAGUACAAUACUGAAGACUAAGCACAAUCAAAGCAAUGGCUACCAAGAGGCUGAAGUGGUCCCAUUAAGGCAAAAGUGGACCAGUCAAGAGCAAAGGUCAUGGCAACAGUGUUUUGGGAUGCCAAGACAUUUUGCUCAUUGACUUUCUGGAAGGCCAAAGUGCAGUAAUGUCUGUUUAUUAUGUUUUGAGAAAGUUGGCCAAACCUUUAGUAGAAAAAUGCCCAGGAGAACUUCACCAGAGUGACCUUCGUUCAAUUUCAGACCACCACAAUAAAGCAAAAAAUUGUAAUUAUAAAUUUUUUGGUUUCCCAGUACAUGUAAAAGUUAUAUUUACACUAUACUAUAGUCUAUUAAGGGUGCAAUAGCAUUAUGUCUGAAAAAAACAAUGGUCAUGACUUAAUUUAAAAAUACUGUAUUACUAAAAAAUGCUAGCAAUCAUCUGAACCUUCAGUGAGUCAUAGUAUUUUUGCUAGUGGAGGACCUUACCUGGAUGUUGAUGGCUGCUGACUGAUCAGGAUGGUGGUUGCUGAAGGUUGGGGUGGCUGUGGCAAUUUCUUAACAUAAGACAACAGUGAAGUUUUCUGCAUUGAUUGACUCUUCCUUUCAUGAAAUAUUUCUCUAUAGCAUGUAAUGCUGUUUGAUAGCAUUUUACCCACAGUAGAACUUAUUUCAGAAUUGAAGUCAGUCCUCUUAAACCCUGUCACUUCUUUAUUAACUAAGUUCAUGAAUAUUCUGAAUCCUUUGUUGUCAUUUCAACAAUGUUCACAGCAUCUUCACCAGAGAUAGAUUCUGUCUCAAGAAACCACUUUCUUUGUUCAUUCGUAAGAAGCAACCCCUCAUCUGUUCAAGUUUUCUCAUGAGAUUGCAGCAAUUCAGUCACAUUUUCAGGCUCCAUUUUUAAUUCUAGUUCUCUUGCUAUUUCUACAUCUGCAGUUACUUCCUCCGCUGAAGUCUUGAACCCCUCAAAGUCACCCAUGAGGGUUGGAAUGAACUUCUUCCAAAUUCCCGUUAAUGUUGAUAUUUUGACCUCCUCUCAUGAAUCGUGAAUGUUUUUAAUGACGUCUAAAAUGGUCAGUCCUUUCCAGAAGGUUUUCAAUUUACUUUGCCCCAAUCCAUCAGAGGAAUCACUGUCUAUGGCAACUGUAGGCUUAUAAAAGGUAUUUCUUAAAAUAAUAUGUCUUGAAAGUCUAAAUGACUCCUUGAUCCAUAAGCUGCAGAAUGGGUGUUGUGUUAGCAAGCAUGAAAACAACAUUCAUCUUGUGCAUCUCCAUCUGAGCUCUUCGGUGACCAGGUGCCUUGUCGAUGAGCAGUAAUAUUUUGAAAGAAAUCUUUUUUCCUGAGCAGUGGGUCUCAAUAAUGGGCUUAAAAUAUUCAUUAAGCCAUGCUGUAAACAGAUGUGCUGUCAUCCAGGCUUUGAUGUUCCUUAUACAGAGUACAGGUACAGGCAGAGUAGAUUUAGUAUAAUUCUUAAGUGCCCUUGGCUUUUCAGGAUGGUAAGUGAACAUUGGUGUGAACUUAAGGUCACCAGCUGCAUUAGCCCCUAACAAGAGAGUCAGCCUGUCCUUUGAAGCUUUGAAGCUAGGCAUUGACUUCUCUCUAGCUAUGAAAGUCCUAGAUGACAUCUUCUGAUUUAAGGCUGUUUUGUCUACAUUGAAAGUCUAUUAUUUAGUGUAGCCACCUUCAUCAAUUAUCUUAGUAAGAUCUUCUGGAUAACUUGCUGCAGCUUCUACAUCAGCACUUGCUGCUUCACCUCACACUUUUAUGUUAUGGAGAUGGCUUCAUUCCUUAAACCUCAUGAACCAAUGAGCUUCAAACCUUUCUUCUGCAGCUUCCUCACCUCCCUCAGGCUUCAUAGAAUUUAAUAGAGUUAGGGCUUUCUUAUGGAUUAGGUUUUUGCUUAUGGGAGGGUUGUGGCUGGUUUAAUCUUCUAUCCAGACUACUACAACUUUCCUCAUAUCAAAAAUAAGGCACUUUCAUUUUUUGGUCAUUCGUUCACUGGAGUGACACUUACUUUUAAUUUCCUGAAAAUUUUCCUUUGCAUUUACAAUGUAGCUAACUAUUCAGUGGAAGAGGCCUAGUUUUUGACAUGCCUUCCUCAAUAUGCUUAAUAAUUUCUAGCUUUUGAUUUAAAGUGAGACACAUGUGACUCUUCAUUUCACUUGAAUGCUGAGAGGCCAUGCAGGGUUAUUAAUUAGCCUAAUUUCAAUAUUGUUAUUUAAGUUAUGGGGAGGCUUGAGGAGAGGGAGAGAGACAGGGGAAUGGCCAGUCAGUGGAGCAGUCAGAAUACACACAACAUAUAUUGAUUAACUUUGCUAUCUUAUAUGAGCACAGUUCUUGGCACUCCAAAACAAUUACAGUAGUAACAUCAAAGAUCACUGAUCACAGAUCACCAUAACUGAUAUAAUAAUAAUGGAAAGUCUUGAAAUAUUGUGAGAAUUACAAAAAUGUGACAGAUACAACAUGAACAAAUGCUGUUGGAAGAAUGGCACUGAUAGAUUUGCUCAAUGCAGGGUUGCCACAAACUUUCAACUUGUAAAAAGAGCAGUAUCUGUGAAAGACGGUAAAGCAGAAAGCAAUAAAACUUAAGUGUGCCCAUGUAUACUAAUAAGACAUAGUUCAUUUUAUUAAUAAAGCACCUGUCAAUUUCAGUUGAGUAAUUUUGAUCAGGAAUGGGUUUUGAAUUUUGUUCAAGGCUUUUACAGCAUCUGUGGGAUAACUAUGUAUUGUUUCCCUGGAUCUAUAAAUACAUAGAGGAUAUUAAUGACUUUUCAAAUAUUGAACCAACUUUGCAUUCCUGGAAUAAAUUUCACUUGAUCAUGAUAAA